AUGACGACGUCUAUUUCAAGUGACGACGCCAUCUCUAUCUCGCCGAUUCAUGAGGGUCAUUGUCGGGGGGACCGCCCCGCACGAUACGCCGACAGGUUUAUAUAUAAAGGUCCUGGCCUCGAGACUGUCGCGCUCGCUAGUCAGUUAGCUAUUAAGUAUACUCUUUCCUUCGCGAUGUCCUCGUUCCGCAAACUCCUGGCUUCGACCGUGUUGGCGAUUUCAUUCGUUUCGUCGGCAGCUGCGCUGUCGACCGCCGACCGCCAUGCAACACGUCGGUCUGUCAGCAUCGGGUCCGACCUCGUAAUCGAGGCGUACCAUCCGCCCAGCACCUUCGAGACUUUCAACACGGGCGUUGACCACCCCCUGUCGAAGCGCGCCGUUUUCUCUCUGUCCGACGCCGCGAUGGCGUUCACGGGCUCCCGCCUGGCGAAGAAUGCCAGCGACAUGGUGUUCAGAUCGGGGUUCUCGAGCGGGUUGGCGGAGCAUGCGUAUCUCUCGCAAAUCCACGACGGGAUCCCAUUCGCGAACGCUGUAGCGAACGUCGCCUUCAACAAGGAUAGCAAAGUCACAUCCUUCGGCUCUUCUUUCGUCGAAUUCACCUCCGUCGCACCCUCUACCCCUUCCAUCGAACUAUCGGCUGCGAUUCCGAUGGCUGAACAGGCCCUGAACGGGAAGUUCAACGAACACCCUGCGAGCCUCGAGUACUUCGCCAAGGCGGACGGCACCGCCGUCUUGACCCACGUCAUUCAGGUAGAGAAUGAAGAGCUCGGCACGUUCUUUGAAGCCUUCGUAGACGCCCAUUCAGGCGAACUCGUUUCUGUCACCGACUUCGUGUCGAAGGCGUCCUACCUCGUGGUCCCGAUGGACAGAGAGACACUCGAGCAAGGCUUCGAGACCCUCGUAGAUCCUCAGGAUAUCGAGGCGUCGCCUGUGGGCUGGCAUAAUACAGGAACUGCCAACACAACAACAACAUCGGGGAACAAUGCCCUCGUCUUUAAGACUUCUGCGAGCUUCACCUCGAGCCAGACAUCCGAUGAACUCAACUUCGAAUAUGUCCAAGAUCCUUCCGCGGCACCGACCGUGCAAGUUAAUGUUGACGCAGCACGCGUCAACGCCUUUUAUGUCGUCAAUAGUAUACAUGACUUGACGUACAGAUAUGGAUUCACCGAGGCCGCUUUCAACUUCCAAGUGAACAACUUCGGAAAGGGCGGUCGGGGGAAUGACCAAGUCCAGGUGUCUGUUCAAGAUUCGUCGGGCACGAAUAACGCGAACUUCGCUACGCCGGGCGAUGGUCAGCCAGGACGGAUGAGGAUGUAUCUCUGGACCAUGACGACUCCAGGACGCGAUGGCGCUCUCGAGAACGAUAUUGUCAUACAUGAGAUGACCCACGGUGUCACGAACCGCAUGACGGGUGGGGGCACGGGACGCUGCCUGCAGACAGCCGAGGCAGGAGGAAUGGGCGAAGGCUGGUCCGAUGCCAUGGCAGACUGGAAUGAGAAGACCUCGAGUGAGGUUCCCGACUACGUACUUGGUCAGUACGUCACCAACAGGCCGGGUGGUAUUCGCUCGGCCCCAUAUUCAACAAACGCAUCGGUGAACUCCCUGCGGUAUUCCUCCCUCCAGAUUCGCACCCAGGUGCACGCAAUCGGCGAAGUCUGGGCCAACAUGCUGCACAACGUGUAUGCGAACCUCGUCGACGCGUUGGGCUGGUCGGCCACCGCGCGGACAGAUCCUACCGGAACCGAAGGCAACGUCGUCUUCCUCCACCUCUUCUUGGACGCACUUACCAUCCAGCCGUGCAAUCCGACGUUUAUCACCGCGCGCGAUGCAUGGAUCCAAGCGGACGUGGACCGCUAUCAGGGUGCCAAUGCUUGCCUCAUCUGGAAGGCGUUUGCUAGUCGAGGGCUUGGUGUUGGAGCCGCGAACCAUGUUGAUAACACAGAGGUUCCGGCUGAAUGCGCCUGA